AUGAAAUCCAAAUCCCACCAUAUUUUGACAUCUGCUCAAUGGCCUCGUCCGUGUCUCUCAGCUGUUCAGGCUCGCUCUGCCCUGGUGCCCAGAGCUUUUAGCAUCCGACGUCCCACGACGGGCCAGACACAGCCGCUUUCCCCUUGGUCUAAAGUCCCAUUGGCUGUCUCUCGUGGAUAUACAAGCACGAGACUCAACAGCGAGUUCUACGGGGGCGAGAAGGGUGGCCGCAUACGGUGCGACGAGGUGGCGGUGGGUGAGAGCGGCCACAGAAUCGCAAAAGUGUACAUUCAAAACAAGGAACGUGGCAAUUCCAUGAAUACGCAACUGCUUCCGGCUCUUACGACGGCGUUCCGCCAACUGGCUUCAAAGAAGGAUAUCAGGUGCAUUGUUCUCGGCAGCGACACUCAAUCUCACUCGUUCUGUACCGGUAUGGACAUCGCCGAAAUGGCCAAGCUGGAAACCCCUGAGCAAGCUGAGAGCCUCAUUACCAAGGUCUACGACGCGUGUCAAGCGAUCCGCGAGUCCGACGUCGUCACCAUCGCGCACAUAGAAGGCCCGGUAUUCGGUGCGGGUCUGGAGCUCGUUGCGUCGUGUGAUUUUCGACAUGCGACCGACACCGCUCGCUUCGCCAUGCCCGAGGUCGAAUUAGGGAUCCCGUCUGUGGUGCAGGCGAGACUGCUGGCGAACAUCAUCGGGUGGCAGAAGACCAAGUAUCUCGUCUACACCGGCGCCACCAUCGACGCGCAGACGGCGGCAGAUUGGGGACUCGUGGACGUUCUUUGCCCUUCGUCCGAGCUGGCUCUCGCGCAGACCAUGCGCGCGGCGUCGAAGAUUGCGGAAAACGGGCCCGAAGCCAUGAAGGCCCAGAAACGCCUGGUGCGGCUGUGGGAGGAGCAGGAUCUGGCCUCGGGCGUGACGGCGGGCAUCGAGUCCUUUUCCGGCAUGUUCAGGGACGGGGCGGUCGAGCCCAAGGAGUACAUGCGAAGCUUCUUCGAGAAACGGGCCGCGCUCAAAAGGCAAGCAGCUGCCGCCCGACCUCAAGUAGAGGGAAGUGAAGAUUGA